UGCAAGAAGCCAUGCAGUGGCUCUGGGAGUAAAGUAGACAACACCUGUCUAUUGAAGCAGCUUGAUGCUGGAGAGCAAUGUCUGUAUGCUGUCAAUAAAACUAAUCACAUACUGUCUCGUCCAGUUGAUGGCAGUGGCUCUUGGCGUGUUGUACCAGGCAGAAUGAAGCAUGUCACUGUUGGAACUCAUGAGAUAUUUGGCAUUAAUCCAACCAAUGAAGUAUACCGCUGCAAGAAACCUUGUCUUGGUGAAUGGGAGAAGAUGGUGUUUGAUGAAGGAGACAUGAAGCAAGUUGAUGCUACUCUCAAUGGAGUGUUUGCUGUCAGUACAGGAGCCUCCAUAUACCAACACAACAUACCUUAUUAACAAGAUUAACAAGGUUGAUGAGAAAAAACUGAAUUUGACUUUAAUAUUUUGAUUUUUUAUAUAGUUUUUGUUUUAGAUACUAUUCAAAAAAGAUUUAAUC